UACGGAUCGCGUGUGUGUUACGAGACGAAAUUUUAAUACUCAAAUACUUUUUUUUUGUGACACAAACAAAAAAAAGCAAAACUUUUACCGAAUUCUGACAAAAAAACUCACAAAUCCGAGUUUUCUGUUGUCGAACCUGCCAGCUGUGGCAUUGAAAAAUCAUUUGACACCCGCAAAAUUGCCCAAAUCAGCAAAAUUACGUGAAUUUCUUGAAUGGAAAAAUAAAUAAAGAAAUAUACACAAAAAAUAAAAAGAGAAAAUAUUUCAAGAAAUAAUUUGCAAGAAAAGCAGAAAAAUAACAAGUGAAGUUGUUAGCGACUUGAAAAUAUUUUUAAAAAAAAAUUUGCGGCGAAAAGUGUUGAACCAAGUUAAAAUCUAAAAUAAAAAUCAAAAAAAUCAGGAUUUAAUAUUUUUUUUUGUUAUUCAGUCACGCAUCUAAUCAAUAAAAAAAUACGAUUCAAGACACAGAAACCCAUAGAGACUUCCGAGACAGACUGCACCAUAAAAUGUUCGUCGAGUGACUCAUCUCGCUGUGAGCCGUGACUCUAAUGAUAUUUUUAUGUUCUUAACCAUUUAGUUCGUCACUCAUGUUGUUGUCAUUACUUAGUCCAGUAAAGUAGGCGAAAACACUUGGAAAGAAAUACAGAAUUAGCAGAAAAGUUGUUAAACCGAAAAUCUCCAAGAUGAAAUUGUGGGAGAUUUGUGUGAUAUGGAGCAUUGUUGCUGUUUUUAACGUUGCAGGAAGUAACAGUCCCGAUUUUCAGUUCAAAGAUGACGUCGUGGAUGUACAGCAUUUUUAUACAGAGCCUUUAGAUAUAGACACGCCAUCGCAUCAUGCCAGUAAAGCAUCUUCUUGUCCGUAUUCGGAAGACAAGAUUUUGUUGUCACUCGUGUUGAGAGGUCGCACAUGGAACGAAGUUGUACAGAGAAAGCGUGAUCGGGCAAUUAAUAAGCUUGCCAAGUUCUUCAUGGUAACGAAGGAUGACUUGAAUAUUGAUGACGUCACGAAAACCGAAUUGUACGAGAUGUCAAAGAACUCGUUGCAUCGCGGAAAGAAUCAACUUGCCUCGAGCAGUAAGAAAUUUGGAAGACUUGAGUUUGAGAUCGGUUGCGGAAAGCAAUUGUAUCCCACGGGAAAACUCAUUUCCAAUCAAAUUGGGCAUCAAAUGAAAGACGGUUCGAUUAAUGAUAUUAGCGGGCUCGAUUUCGGUUGGUGGGUAAUUUGGACAAAGCGAGUAAAUAACAAGACAGCUCGUUUACGUCGUCAAGCCGAAGGUUCAGGCGAAGUUGAAGACGAUGAUGAGGACGAUUAUUAUUUGGAUUAUGAAGAUGGAGAUGCUGAAUCCCAAACGAACCAACCAAUUUCUACCACAACCGCGCAUCCACACCGCCAUCAUCACGGAAAACAGACCUCUAACAAAAAAGUGAGUAGUAAGGCAACAACGACGCCUAUUGCCCCCGAAAUCACCGACACGGAAAUCAUAUUAGGCACACGUCCCGCUGCGAGUUCAACGACCUCUAACGGCGACUCAACGACAACAACUAUGACGAGUUCCGAGGAACGCGAAGCCGUCCAAGAAGAAGUGUCAAAGUUGGAAGAGACAAUCAUGAAAACCAUCGAAAACGCGAAGGAAUUCGAGGAAGUGAUUCCACGCGAAGAAGUCGAACCGCAUUUCAACUUUGACUUUAACAACAAUUUGAACGAAAAAAUUAUCGAAGACGAUGAUGUCGACGCCGAUGACGACGUUGAAUUAGAAGAAGAUGCCGACAAAUCCGAAAUCGAUGAAAUUAUCGAGGAAAAAGAACUCCGUCCCAUUGUCAAAACAAUCCUCGAGAACAACGAGGACAAAGAUCGCGAUGGUCGAGAUUACAUCGUCGAAGAUGUCUCGACGGGACUUUUUACGGAACAAACGCCGCCCAGCAUUAAUAGUCACGGCGAUUGGCGAUCGUGGCGAGUAACGGAUUCAACAUCGACCACAUCGGCGCCCGUUACGACUUACGAUACGGUUCAAACGACGCAAGAGAGCAAGGCAAGUAGUACGACGGAACGGGGGCAAUAUGAGCGAAUCGUAACUGUGCCAGUGUUUUCCGCAUCUACUAAUGAAGCUGCCAAGUUUGAUGAGGAUAAUUCGGAACAAGAACACGAGAGUACAACAGAAGAACAACAUGCUGAACAACCGGGCAGUAGUAGUACCGCGACAACAAACACUCCAUUCUCACAAUCAUCACAACUUCCUAACACACCAUCAUCGCCUGUAUUGUCUGCCAGCGAGUCACCAUUUUCCGUAACUAACAAUAAUGUCGUCGACACUACAACGACAGAUUCCGACCAAACACAAUCCACAACAUUACCUCCUGCCAUUUCCUCCGCUAACAAUAACUUUAACACUGCUUCUAACACUUUACUGCCAUCGAGUAUCGGCGAUACCGUAGAUCCUUCGUCCUCUUCUUACGCUCCUCCGUCUGUCAUUAGCACCACUACUUCUUCUUCUGCAGACACUACAACUGUUACGUCAAUUGACAAUACAGGUUAUGUACAGACUGAAACAACGAACCCCACGCCACGGGCCACGAGUGCGACGCCAUUCGUCGAGGAAAAUUACGAUGACGAGUACGAUGAUGAAAUUGACGAAAACGCUGCCUCGCCAGCAUCGCAGCCGUCUCAAUCGACAGUGACGGCACAAACAUUCCCCACAACGACGCAAAUAAUAACUCAAAGAACGACAACUCAGGAACCUGAACCAGAAGUCAGAAAUACGCCUCCGAUGUUGCGUAAUAGAUUACCGAAGACUCCCGUUACUGCUGGAAAAGCCUUCAAAAUUGCCGUGCCCGAAGAAAACUUUUAUGAUGCUGAGGAUGGAACGAAUUUGAAUCUGGAAUUGUUGGAUAAAAAUGAGCAUGUUUUGAAAAGUGAUUCGUGGAUUCAAUUUAAUCAGAAGACGAGGGAGAUUUAUGGAUUACCUCUUGAAGGCGUCGUUUCCCGUUGGCGCUACAUCCUCCGUGCUACUGACAGCUCCAACGAGAGUGUUCAGGAAGAUCUCGACAUCUCUGUGCAACAACACAAAGGUCAUCGCAGCGUCAACCACGAAAUCGAACUUCAAGUCAAGCUCAACGAGAAAUUCGAACGCAACAUCGACUGGCAACUCAAACUCAUGGAUGCCAUUACGGAAGUUUUGGGCGACUCCUCCAACCAAAACAUCGUUGUUCGCGAAAUUCGUCCUCACAUAAACGACUUGAAUGCCUGGACCUUUGUUUACACGAACGAAUCUUUGCCCAAAGAUACUUGCCCUGAGCUCGAAGCUGAGGAAUUGGUCGAAAAAUUGCACAUUGACGACUUGAAUCGUGUCCUUGGCGCUGAUAUUAACGUCAGAAAUGUGCAAGAAGUGAUGGUUGGCAAUUGCAAAAAGGCCGUUACGAAGCCCAAAGUGUCGACUUUUGCUCCGGCGAAGAAUUUCCCGCCCGUUUUGAGAAAUCAAGUUGAUCGCGUGAAUGCCACAGUUGGUCAGUUGUUGGUUUAUCGCGUUCCUACUGACACUUUUUACGAUCCCGAAGACGAAAAUGACUUGCAACUCUCACUUUUGUCACAAGAUCGUCAAAAAUUGGAUCCGCAUUAUUGGUUGCAGUUCGAUGUUCGUAACCGAGAAUUUUAUGGAAUCCCCAAACCGGGAGAUUUUGGUCAACGCGAAUAUUUGCUCGUUGCUAAGGAUCGUGGAGGCUUGACAGCAACCGAUGCUUUGGUAGUUGUCGUCAAUCAUUCCCAAAAACGCGAUUACGGCGUCUUGUUCGACUUCAAUCUCGGCAUUUCCUUCGACGAUUUCAACCGUUCGACGAUCCAACGUCGCUUCAUCGAGAAAGUCGCUCGCGUUUUUGACGAUUCCAACACAAAUCACAUCCUGGUGCGUCAAAUCCGCCGAAUUCCCCAAACGCAAAAUGUCGCAAUUACUUUUUACAAUACGACACUUCAUCGGCAUCAUCGUUGCCCCACGGCUGACAUUGAGGAGCUUCGCAGUAUUUUGUUGCAUCCCGAUUCGAGUAUCAGAGAUCGCGUUAAAGACACGUUGAGCGAAUUCCAUUUGCAAAGUGUCAACUUGCAUCCGAUUGGAGCGUGUCAGGGAGCGGAUACCAUCACGCAUGAGAUUCCCGUGAAGCCUGAUGAACCGCCGCCACACCAACCCGAUGAUUAUUUACUGACUUUUGUGUUGCCAGCGAUCAUUAUUUUGGCGAUGUUGCUGUUGGCAUCCAUUGUUGCUUGUUAUUUGCAUCGCAAACGACUUACAGGAAAAAUGGAAUUAGGAGAUGAAGAAGAACGAAAAUCCUUUAGAUCGAAAGGUAUUCCUGUCAUUUUCCAAGAUGAGUUGGAUGAAAAGCCAGAAAUUGCUACAAAAUCUCCAAUUAUUCUCAAGGAUGAGAAGCCUCCAUUACUUCCGCCGUCCUAUAAUCAAACAAAUCCUGAUGACGACGACAUGGAUGAAUAUGUUCCUCCGCCGGGCGUUGGUCCAAUCGGUGCACGCGAAACUCGCGGAAAAUCUCCCGUUACUCCAUCCUAUCGCAAGCCGCCUCCAUAUGUCUCCCCCUAGAGGUCACCCAUCAAGAAACGCCGCCCAAAUCAGGUACAUAACACACAAAUUAGUCGUUUAUAAGGAGAAAAAGCGUUGUGGGUCUCAUCAUUCGUUCAGCCAGCUUGAACGGAAGAAAAAAAGCAUUUUUUUAUUAUUAUAAAUUAAAAUACUUCUUGAAUCAAAGAAACGAAAGACUUAAGCUAUAUUUAUAAAUUUUAAUGAAAAAGCACAACAACUAAAAAAAAACGACGAUGAUCCAAAAAAAAAUUAUUUUUAAACUGCCAUAUUUUAUUUCAAGAAUCAAUUUUUAAUAAUUAAUUUUUAUUAUUUUUAUCGAUACGUACUACUUACUACUAAAGAACUAAAAAUCGCGAAACUUAUGAAGUAGACGAACUUUCGUCUUGAAAAAGAGAAAAAUAAUUGUAAAAAGGAUUUGAGAGGCAAUGUUCAAUGGAAUUGUAUUAGAAAAUGAUAAUAAUCGUAGAAAUAAUGGAAGAAAUGCAAAAAAUUGGCACAAUUAAUUUUACUUAGAAAAAACAAAAAUAAAUUCUACUUCAAGAAAUUCGAAAAAUUUUGAAAAAAAAUUUUUUUUUCGUCAAGUAGAAUUAAAAUUGAUUUAAAAAAAAUUGACGUACAAAAUUCGAAUAAUUUUUUUUGAGACUAAAGAUCGGCAGCUAAUGUGCAGCUUUUAAUAAAUUAUCACCAUAUUAACGAAAAAAGUCGAUAAUCAAUCAAUCAAUGCUAAAAAUCAUAAAAAAAAUAAAAAUUUAGUGAUAAGUAAAAAAAAUAUACACAUGAACGUAUAAAAAAAAUAGAAUAGUGGUUCAAAGAUAGUUUUCUAAAAUAUAAAAAUAGAAAAAAAACAUCCGAACAUUCAAAAAUAAAUAAAUAAAAAAAUAAAUAGUGAAGCCUCAUAGAACAGUUGUAGUGUAAGUCCAAAAUGUACUCAAACUCGUUUCUACUAAAUAAUUAUCCAAAACACUAAAAUUAAUAAAUAAUAAAUAAAAAAAAUAUAUUAACUCGUAAGAUUGUCCAAAAAAAAUAAAAAAUCAUGUAUUUAUCAUAAUUAAUAAGAGCUGAUAAAUUUAAGGAGUCUUUAGUAAGAGAAGUCACUUGUAAUGAUGGAUAACAUUAAAAUAUAAAUAUUAAAUAUUAUUAAAGGUUAAGAAAUUAAGAAUAUGUUGGGAAGUUACCCAAAAAAAAUGAACACUAUUUGCAGGUAAAGUUUAA